AUGCCGCAUCAUCUUACAAUUUCUAGCCUCAACACUGCACUUGCUGCUCAGUGUUAUAUUUGCAACCGAUUUUGGGCACGUCUGAACGCUGAACAACAAUCAAAUCUUGCAUCUGUGAUGUCUGUAGACGCAGCGGCUGGCAUCGAUUGUGAGGAAAGUCGAGGAUACCUUACCACAUGUGAUCUCAAAGAUGCCACACGCUAUGGGUUUCCUGGCUGCUAUCUGCUACAAAUCAUCUAUACAGCGAGACUGAAGUCCUCCGCGCGAGUAAAGCUGAUUCUGCAGCCUUUAAGCCAGAUCGAUGAGAGUUUGAGAUGUAAUGAUGUUGAUGUGUCUAACAUGUCAGAUAGGUCGUGGUCAUUGGCUGAGAAGUGGAUUUCAGAAUGUACUACAAGCCAUGCACAGUGCAACGUUGAAGCAAAAGACAGAGACUGGCACCCUACGCGUCUUCUCGAUGUGGCCUCUACAGACGCCAGUGCAAAUAUUAUACGCUUAAUGGAGUCCCAAGAGGUCGCUGCCGGCAGUCCCUACAUGACACUCAGCCAUCGCUGGGGUACUUCCAAGCCUCUACAACUCAGACGGGAGACGUUUGAACAGCUUCGUGCUGGCAUUCUCUUGGAAUCACUGCCUCUAACAUUCAGAGACGCUGUGUUAGUUACCCGACGUUUGUCUAUACGCUACCUCUGGAUCGAUGCACUUUGCAUCCUUCAAAACGAAGACGAUCUGUCGGAUUGGAUUAAAGAGGCAUCCUUGAUGCACAAAGUUUAUUCUGCUGCCUAUUGUAACAUUUCAGCGGCGGCAGCCUCUGAGUCUUUCCAUGGUCUCUUUGUUUCUCGAGAUCCAGCACUAUUAAUCUGCCCAACCAUAAAGCUCAGCCUCGGGGAGCACAGACCAAAAGAAGACUACUUGAUCUCUGAUGUUAACUUCUGGGACACUGAAGUAUCUCGGGCUCCAAUCAAUGCUAGAGGCUGGGUUCUUCAAGAGCGUAUUUUGGCCAAUCGAGUACUUCAUUUUGGUGAACGACAGUUGAUGUGGGAAUGUGGAGAAAAGGAUGCUGCAGAAACGUAUCCAAAUGGUCUCGACAACGCGAUAUCGAGUCUGUCCGACGAUGUGAGAUUCAAAGACCUUUGUCCUGACACAUAUAUCCGACAGGCACGGCGGUUUAGAGAUCCCAUCCACCAUCCAGAGUUAUCUGCGCACUUUUUAUGGGUGCGAGUAGUCGAAGCAUAUACGCGCUGCCAAUUGACAAAUCCGGAUGACAAACUUGUUGCACUUUCGGGAAUAGCAAAAAGGUUUUCUAGCAUACUUAGAGACACUUAUGUAGCGGGCAUGUGGCGACGAUAUCUCGCCAGUGAACUAACCUGGUCUGUAGAUUCGAGUUCCUUCAAACAGCCAGAUCCCGACAUGAGUUCACGAGCUAUGAGCUACCGAGCACCCAGUUUCUCUUGGGCUUGCGUUGACGGUGCGAUAAUGCCUGGCAUGCCUUCCGACCAGGGCAUCUUGCUGGAUAUUGAAGCAGUCCAACUAGAAUAUUUCACAGAUGAUCAUACAGGCGCCAUUAGAGGUGGCUACUUAAACGUUCGAGCUCGAUUAAAGCAAAUUCAGCUUAUACGACGGUUCACAGGUGGACGUGACCAGUGGAUUAUGAUUCUGAAUGGCAUUGAAAUCAGUACAAUGAAUGACUUAGGUCGUCAAGGAGAAUCGCAGCCAUUGAUCAUGCUAGAUGAUUUAAGAGAGAGCUAUGCUGAAUUCGUUGCUGGGAAGAUCUUUUAUAUAGUGCCUGCGCGCCUUUCUACCAACUUGAGCGGUAACCUCUACAUGCUACUCUUGGAAGCUUUAGAGAAUGACUGGGGAACAUAUCGUCGAGUUGGUUACGCUCGAAGCUUUGUAAAAGCUACUCAAAAAGCGUUAUUAGAACCUAAAGAGCAGGAUGCAGGAUUCCCCUGUCGAGAGUAUCGCGAUGGCCAACAUUCCAUAACUAUAAUAUGA